GAGAGAUUACUUUUGAUGAACUCGUCGUUCUUCUUGAUUAUGUUCUCAAAAGAAAACCUAUGCUAUGCAAAUUCAUAAGCAGAGUAAGAUAGACCACUGAAUAUCUCCAUCACAUUUUCUUUUCCAUCUCUACAACAUUUUACUAAGUAGGAGUAUUAUAUUAAAAUGACAAAUAUUUUUGAAAACUGUCAUACUCAAUCUUGGGAAUAAAAGUGGAGGCAAAAUCAAUCAACAUUGAAAGGACAAUUGUUUUACAGACAUGUGUAACAUCUUUCUUGGCUGCAGAAUGGUGUUGCAGAGCCGAGUACUCUGCAGAAUCCUUUUUAGCAAAGCUCAGUAGCUGCUUGUUGCGUGUGUGAGAGAGAAAAAGAAUUCAACUUUGAAGAGAAAAUGGGGAAGAGAAGGAGACCAAGAAAAGAUGAAACACAAAAAAAUACUAGUGAUGAAGGAACCACUUUUCAAGAAUCUCAACAGCAAGAAGCAGUGGCUUCUCUAAGGAGUGGAAGAGUGUUGAUGAUGAAACAAGAACCCAAACUAGCUGCUGGUUCAGCUCUUCUAUUGCCACCUCCAGGUUUUGCGCCACUAGAAGCCUCACCUUCCCAUCCCAGGUAUCAAACUCGUAAGUCUUUGAGGGUAAUCCUUGGUCGGUGUGAGUCUAUUACUACAACACCAAGGUCUCCAAUUCGACAUGUUAAGGCGUCAUAUCCUCCAUGUGCUACUUCUGACUUACCUGCUCAUCUUACCACUGGAAUUUCUAUAGCAACAAAAGAAACACUUGAUGACUCCGUGCACGCAGAACUUGUACAUCAAUCUGUUCUAACUAACUGUAGUGUCUUGGGUGUGGAAAAUCAGAAACAAGGGCAACACGCUCAAACAACACCUUUCCCUGAAGUUGUAAUUGAGAACAAUGCAACAGUAAGUAAGGCUGGUGUGGUGUUAAAUGCUAAUGCCACAGAAGCCGAAAUCAGAAGCGACCAGAGUGGUGCGCUUCCAACGAAAUCCAUGAGUCUUAACCUCACAAGGAUAGCUGCACUAAUGAAUGAUUAUUCUUCUGAUACUGAUGAAGUUGAAUCAAGACCUGGUCCCAUGUCAGUCAUGGUGGAUGGGUAUAGAGUUAAAGAGGAAGCAGUACCCGUCCUCCAGAAGAUCUUCCUGAAGUACGGAGAUAUUGCAAUGAAUAGCUCUUUCUCUUCACUGAAUUUUUCUUCAUCACUCAUGGAGUUUGUUUGUGACAUCUAUAAGAAAUUGGAGGAAACAGAUUUCCUAAGUAUAACCUCCAAGGAGAUCCAGUCCAUGCUUGCUGAAGUUAGAGACCUCGAGGCUGCCAAAAUAGAUGUUGGGUGGCUCAGUCAAAGGUUGAAUGAUAUCUCUCAGGCCAAGCAACUUCUACAGGACAGCUGCAAACUGAAGGAGGCAAAAACCAGGAACCUUGUAGUGAUGGAGACUAACAAGAAAGAACUGGAAGGAUUAAAGGAAGAGUUGGCCGCUUGCAUUGCAACAUGCCGCGUUUUGCAACAUAGAAUCCACAAGAAAGAGGAUGAGUUUGGCAUUGCACGUUCUGAGAAUGAAAAAAUCAUGCAGAACUUUGCAGAUUUAAAGUCCAAGGUGAACAGUUUCCUCAGGAAGUCCUUGGUCCAUGACCUUCUUUGAGCAGCCCGGUGUUUGUAGUUGUUCUGUCUUGGAUAGGACCCUAUGGGUGGUCAUUUUCACUAAUUUUUAAUCCUAACUAAGGAGUUCUGUUAUCCUAUAAUAUACAAAUUGUUAUGUUCAACCAUUGAAUCAAUGGCCCCUAACUGCAUAUGAGUUGCAGAAAAACAGAAACAGAAACAGAAACAGAAUAACAACAACAACGACCCAGUGAAAUCCCACAACGUGGAGAGAAACAGAAACAGAAUGACUAGUUUUAUUUGUCAUUGCGGAGUGGAAUGAACAGAGAUGUAGAAAAUCUCUUUGAAGCUGCAUUGCAAUUCAAUUAAGAUAAUUAAUGUUAAUUACUUGAAUUCUUUUCUCUUUAUCCUUCUUUAUUUCCUGCUAAUCAUCUAAUUAUGUCUACUCUUUUGUUGUAUCCAGAGUAUCCAUUGCUGACCUUGAGCAAGGAAUGUUGUUGCUUCUACUCUUUUCAUUUUCAAAUUUUUUAUGUGUAGUUAAUAACUACAACCAAGCACUUCAUAAUCAAUUAAUGUCAUUCUUGUUUUCUGAAAUACAGAGGCCCUUGAUUUCUCACUUCUGCUGCUGUGCCUGUGCCACCACUUCUUUGUCAGUUCAAAGGCACGGUUCGAGGCAAAGCCAACCCAAUACAUACGAUAGGCGAAGGAAAGACCCCCAUUUCAUAGUGCUUGGGGAACGCAAAUUUGAUCGAGGAUUGGAGAGGAGAAGUGGAAGAAAGGGCCCGGGAUGGAUUUAGUAGUCUUUAUGCGAGAGAGUUGCACAUAGUGGGGUCUGCGUCUAUAUGUAUAGUGUGGUACUUAGACCUACCCACCCUAACUGGAAUAGGCUAAUUCAUGAAUUAUUAUUAUUGGUGUUUUCCUUUUCUACAUUUCUUUAAUUAUUUUUUAACUUGUGUCUCCCAUAAACCAAGA